UUGCUCAAUCAAAUUAAACCAGCAACGUCGUCGACUGAUCUAUAUAUUCCCAUGGCCGAGCCACAAGGUGACGACAGUACUACAUCUGGAACUCGACGUAAGGGAAUGGGAAAGCGAGCUUUGGCACCGGCAGAGGUAGAGCCGGCCGUUUCAGCAGCAGCGGCUCCAUGCGGAGCAUGCAAGUUUUUGAGGAGGAAGUGCGUGAGUGGGUGUAUUUUUGCACCCCACUUCGGCUCAGACCAAGGAGCUGCGCGGUUUGCAGCAGUGCACAAGGUGUUCGGAGCAAGCAACGUGUCUAAGCUCUUAGUGCAUGUCCCAGUGAACCGGAGACACGAUGCUGUGGUUACAAUCUCGUACGAAGCUCAGGCGAGGUUGUCCGAUCCUGUUUUCGGUUGUGUUUCCACCAUACUAGCUUUACAACAGCAGGUGGCAUCAUUGCAAGCGGAGCUGGCAAUGGUGCAAACUCAGCUCAUAAACAGUAGGUUUGCAUUCGCAAAUGCCAUUCAAAACUCACAUCAGCAUGCGCAUGAGGAGCAGCAUCAACAGCAACAACAACAUGAACAGCGUGACUUUCAAACAGUGCUGCAACCCGACUACUCCAACAAUUCUUCUGCUUCCACUAACCUUGUCAACAAUAUCAAUGGCUUCACCACCACAGAAUUCGACCUUGCAGGGGAUACUACUGCUCCAAUAUCCUCCCAAAGCCUAGACCCUUUAGUACCACGACCGCUUUCAAGACCUUCCCAGGAUGAGGAAGAAUAUGAGGAAGAGAGCCGGAUUCCACCCGUUUUCGUCAAUAAAACUCUUCACCUGAGUUGACAUCGUACAAUUGUCUUAUUUUCAAUACAGAAGACUUACUUUCUUUAACCAUCUAUACAUAUGUAUGUUAGUGUU